CCAAACCAAACAGCCCAAAGUGGCUUUUCACCAACAAAAAGCAAUUCUCUUCGAAUAUCUUCUUCUUCCUCCUCCUUCAGACAAAAUUAAAAAAACAAUGGCGGCUACUUCCCGGCGAUCAACCAGACAAAUUCCCCGGUCAAUCUCGCCGGCCGACGGUUACUAUUCGUCCGCUCACAAAUCGUCUCCGUUUUCUUGCUCUUCUUCCGCUUUUGCCUCAUCAACUUCUCUUUUCGCGCCGAUUUCUCCGAGUAUUUCGCGCCGGGCCAUGUCGCAGACUCGAGUGAGCGUGUAUACCGCUGGGACGAAUUCGAAUCCGGCUUCUUCCGUACGGUUUUCGGUUGACCGGUCCGGUUCACCUGGACGGUCCAUUGCGGUUUCGAACCGGGGGAGUGCGACAGAAGGCCGGAGGCGGACGUGUAUGUGCUCGCCGACGAAGCAUCCCGGCUCGUUCAGGUGCAGCCUGCACAAGAACGCGAGUCCCUCCGGCGCCGCCGGCCCACCGGCGUGCAAUUCGAACCGGCUCAACAUGCGGCGGUCUGCGAUGACCAACUCCCUGGUCCGGAUCGGAACCGUGGAAGGCGAUCUGGUGAAGCGGGCCUUGGGCGCCCUGAUCCGCCCUUCUUCCCACCAGCAGCGCCGCCGCCUCGGGUUUCAGCGACGGCCAAGCCGGCUUUCCACCAUGUCGAAUGCCUAGAAACCGUCGUCUUAUCCGAUCGAUCGUCAGUGAAAUCUAAUUUCUGCGGUGAUGAUGCCGGCGGUCGCAGUUCGGAGAGUAUCCGCCGGCGGAGGCUUGGGGGCGGUUUUUUUGUGUACUCUGGUGGCUGGAAACCCUAUGAUCCGUUGACUCUGUAAAUAUAAAAUUCUACCAGUAGUAAAAAAGAAUUAUCGGUGGUAGGGAGUCUUAUUCUACGCAAAAAAAAAAAAUUGUUUUGCGGGAAAUCCAAAUUCUCCCUAAUUCGAGUAAUAAACUUCUGAAUUCUUAUCCAAUUGAAAUCUUUAAUGUAAAAUUUGCACUAAAUAGAACUAAAUAGG